AUGCUUCUUAUAACGACUCCUCUCAUUUUGUGGACACUGUGUACGUCGAGCCUUGCGCGCUCUGUGCCACCGAGAGACACUGCUCCAUCCGUCUACCUCGAAGAUGCCGAUGUUAGGUUCACAGGAACCUUGUCAGUCGAGACCGAGUCGUUUCUAAAUAUCCGCUUUGGUCAAGACACAAGCGGCAAAAACCGUUUCAUUCCCCCGAAACCAUACACAUAUCCUGCCGGCUCGGUGGUGAAUGCAAGUCAAUCCGGUGCGGCAUGUCCACAGUUACGGGACCCUGAUCCAGACUUUCCCAUCUUCGCAAACGUCACGAACAUCUCUGAAGACUGCCUCACAUUGCGAGUUGAUCGACCAGUCAACACAUCGCCGUUCUCGCGAUUACCGGUGCUAGUCUUCAUCUAUGGCGGCGGCGACACGAUUGGGCAAAUAUACGAUCCCAUUUACGAUCCCACGGCUUUGGUUGCCAGCGCAACUCAAAAAGGCCUCCCAAUCAUCUACGUGGCAAUGAACUACCGUCUAGGUAUUUUUGGGUUUGCAUCGUCACCGGCGUUAAAUGAGACGGAUUCGCUGAACUCGGGCCUUCUGGACCAACGUUUGGCCUUGUGGUGGAUUCAAGACAACAUUGCUGCCUUCGGCGGAGAUCCCGACCAGGUCACCAUUUUCGGUGAAAGUGACGGCGCGACGGGCGUGGCUCUGCAGAUGACAGCGUAUGGAGGCAAGGUUCCCAAAGCCCCUUUCCGCAGAGCUAUCAUGGAAUCCGGCGGCGCCACCGCCGAUACAGGCACGGCCACGAACGUGGCGGGAGAGCGCACAGCCCAAGUGACGGAAUUGGUCAACUGCACCUCUUCAACCAGCAACAGCAGAGAGGAGCUUCGGUGUCUGCAAAAGCUACCCAUGUUGAGUCUCUUGAAUGCUGCGACCGACAUCGAAGCCCAGGUCGCAGGAGCUGGCGGGUUCGACGUCUUCAUCCCAACGUCGCCGUCGUCCUUCAUUCCCGAUAGCCCGUCGACGCUGCUCAAGACAGGCCAGUUUGUCAGGGAUAUCGACGUCAUCUCUGGCUGGGCUGAAAAUGACGGGGCUUUCUUCACCCCCACAGAGCUUUAUUCCUCGUCCGACGUCGCUGCAUUUCUGGCUGAAACCUACCCGAGCCUCACGAAUUCCUCAAUCGAGGAGGCCCUAGCGCUCUAUCCCAUCUCGCAGUUCUCCAACGACACUUCGGUCAAUCCCCCAAUUAAUGCGCAGUACUUCCGUGCUAGUCAAAUGAUACGCGAUUGCCAGAUGACAUGUGUGAGUCUGCUAACGGUACAGACCAACGCCCAGUACGCGAGCGAACCCGGUGUUUCGAGCUAUCUGUACGCGCUGAACCAGACUGUGUUCACUGCAUUCCUUGACGCGGAAGGUGUGUCAUACUACGGAGUCCCUCAUUUCAGCGACAUCCCUUAUAUCUUCAACGAAGUUUCGACCGAUCCAGAUUUCGCUCCGAUAGCCACGGCAUCGGAUGUUCAGCUCGCCUCGGAGAUGAGCACCAGCUGGGCCUCGUUUGCGACCUUCGGCAAUCCAUCGCGCGUCAAUGGCACCAUCACUGGAUGGUCGCAAGCCUUGCCGGCCGGCAGCGGCUCUUGGACGUCCUCUUAUAACCUACAGGUCAUUGGUGGUCCAGACAAACGACUCGCAAGCACCGGGUCUGAACCGCGAGAUUACAAUGAAGAUAUUGUGCAGCGUUGUGCUUUCUGGAACUCGCCAGAGGUGCUUGCUGCGAUAGGCAUAUAG